UACCGGAUCCGACAAAGUACCGAUUUUAUGCUGCCAAACUGCAGUGAUGAAGUAGGCUGUGGUCUCCCUGUGUCCAAAGAAAGACUAACGAGAAACAAGAUAGACAUAGCAGAGUUGGAACACUUUAUAGAUUUCAUUAUCACUUAUGUUCAGAUGUUGUUAAAAAUCUACCUUUUGGUAUGAAAACUAUGAAGCUUACAACUGGAUAAAUAGUCGCUGUGCCAAAUUUGAUUCGAAGUCUUGCACCUUCAUCUCUUGUAAAUCAGUACAUUCAGUAUUGUGAAUCAGAAAAUGUUGGUCAUUUAGGAAAAAGCACAAUGUAUAAGAUCCUUAAUGACUUUUCUGCCUCAGUAAGGAAAUGUGUUGAGGGUCUUGACUAUUACAUCUCAGAGGGUGGAAAGGCAUUUUAAGAUCUUGAAACCAUCAUAGAAAAACUCUGCACAUCCAGUGAAAAGAAGAAAGAACUGAAAUCCAAAUUGCUAAAUGGGAAGCGAUAUAUCAAAUCAGAUUUCAAGGUACAUAUCCAAAAAGAGAAUGCUGUUCCGGAUCAUUGCCAAAUGUUUGCACUAAGUGAUAGUGAAAAGUGCUUCUCCCAAAGUUGUAACACCCAGCAUACACACAGUUGUGAACAGUGUAUUGACUUGGCAGACUUUUUAGCUGAAAUAAGUACUCUAACACAAAAUGGUACAUGGGACAAUAAAGAUUCCAUUGUAUUCCAGGUUGAAAAUGCUGUAGAAGCUAUAAAAGAUUGGAAAAGUCAUGCUAUGAGAGCUAGGAAUCAAGAAGGUGCAAAACAAGAUCUGCUUAAGAAUUUAAAUGAAAAUCAAGCACUUAUCACAUGUGACUGGGCGAUGCAAAUUUAGAGAAGGUCAGAGUGACUGGUUCGCCAAACGUGGAAUCAACUGGCACACUUCAGUAACUUUAUACAAACAAGGGGAAGAACUAAAGACAAUUACACAUGUACACAAUUUUUCAUCCCAGAUAUCUCAAGAUGGUUCUGUUACUGCUUCUGUGUUGUGUGAUGUAGUUCAUGAUCUGAGAAAACAAGUACCAAACAUACAGGAGGUGAACUUCUUCUUAGAUAAUGCAGGAUGUUAUAAGAACACAAUGAUGAUGGUAGCACUUAAAGAUGAAUUAGGAGAUAAGUUGAAAACAUACAACUUCAGUGGAGCACAAGAUGGCAAAGGUCCAUGUGACCGCAGAGGUUCACAUAUCAAGGCAUGUGUUAGAAGAUACAUUAAUGAGGGACAUGAUGUCACAUCUGCAGAGGAGAUGAAAAAGGCUAUAGAUGUUAAACAGAAAGGAUCAUUUAGGGUUAGAGUUGUUGACAUUGUUACUAAUUUGAAUGCAGAGAAGUCACAGAUUAAACCAAUUACUGGAAUUACUCAAUUGCAUAAUUUUUCAUUUGACGUCAAUGGAAUAACAGUUUGGAAGGCAUAUGGAAUAGGAGAAGGAAUGCGGAUAGCAUGGGAAAACAUCGGAACCACAGAGCAAAGAACCAAUCUGUUGGUUAAAGUUGAUUGGAAAAUUACAGCUCCUCAGUUGUUGGAAGUAGAAGUUAUGGCUCAAGAAGAAGAACUUGUAGAACCAAACCCCAAAAAACAAAAGAAGAACUCCAUCAAUUAGCCAUAUGAUUGCCCAAAAGAUGGCUGCACAAGAGCUUUUAAAACUCAAUGUGCACUGGAGCAACACACCAUUCUGGUAAUUGUGAUUAUCACAAUGAAAAAACAACUCAAAAUAGCCAAGUCAAUGUAUGGACAAAAAGUUAAUUCUUUGUUUCACGGAACAAGGGUUCAACUGGAUUGUAACUUUAAUGACUGCCGUACAUCAGAAUCAGCAAAGGGAUGGGCACUGAAAGGUAAAAAGAAAAGAACGGUUUUUAUUUACUCAAAUCUCAAGUGAAUUACAUGAAAGAGAAAUUUUAUAUUGGGAAGGUAUCAGGAAGAAAAGUCGAUCCCUUUCAAGCAGCUGAUGAGAUGAGACAGCUGCAAGAAGAGGGGAAAUAUGUUUUUAUAAGGAAGGAAUAUUUAACUGGG